ACGGAGAGUGAGGAAAAUAAAUCCAACAAGCGACCACAUCAGCCUGCACUCCACCGGCUGAGAGACUGCUGGCUCAUCCAUCGUUAGCUUUUGAUAGAACCCCACUCGGUGCAAUCGGUUACUUUAACGACUAUUAUUGUAUUUUGUCGUGUUUUUGUUCUUCCCGUUGACAAUGGCGGAUCCUAAAUACGCAAACUUACCAGGAAUUGCUUUUAACGAACCCGACGUAUACGAGACCGGCGACCUUCCAGAGGAUGACCAGGCUCAGUUUGAAUCGUGUGUACAAGAGCUGGAGGAGCUUUGCAGUGACAGCGUAGAGCGGAUUGUGGUCAACCCCAAUGCAGCCUACGACAAGUUCAAAGACAAACAUGUCAGCACCAAAGGACUCGACUUCUCAGACAGAAUCAGUAGAAGCAGAAGAGUGGGAUAUGAAUCAGGAGAGUUUGAAAUCCUUGGUGAGGGAAGCGGUGUGAAGGAAACGCCGCAGCAGAAGUAUCAACGCCUCGUUAAUGAGAUCCAGGAACUCGUUCAGGAGGUGGACACCAUCCAGGCUGCUGCAAAGGACAGCAAUGCAGAGGAGCGCCUCACCCCGGUGGUACUAGCUCAGCAUGCAGCGCAGCUCAAACAGCAGCUGGUAUCUGCCCAUCUGGAUUCGUUGCUGGGACCACAGGCUCACAUCAACCUGGCUGAUCCAGAUGGAGCGCUUGCCAGGCGUCUGCUCACCCAGCUGGAGGCGGUGAAGGGCAGUCGUGGCAGCCCUGCAGGAGAUGGCAAAACCUCUUCCUCAACAAAGGGUCCAGAUGGAGUGGUGCUCUACGAGUUGCACAGCAGACCAGAGCAGGAAAAAUUCAACGAGUCUGCCAAGAUGGCGGAACUGGAGAAGCGUCUAGCUCAGCUGGAGAUCGCUGUUGGCUCAGGAUCAGACAAGCAGGGACCUCUGAAUGCUGGAGUACAAGGAGCCAGUUUGAUGGAUACCAUUGAGCUCCUGCAGGCGAGGGUCAGCGCACUGGACUCUGCUACACUGGAUCAAGUGGAGGCAAGACUGCAGAGUGUCCUUGGGAAGAUGAAUGAGAUUGCUAAGCACAAGGCAGCGAUUGAAGAUGCUGAAACACAGAACAAGGUGUCGCAGCUGUACGACGUGGUGCAGAAGUGGGACGCUGUGUCCACCUCCAUACCUCAGGUGGUGCAGAGGCUUGUUGCUGUGAAGGAGUUGCAUGAGCAGGCGAUGCAGUUUGGCCAGCUGCUGACUCACUUGGACACGACUCAGCAGAUGAUCAACAACUCUCUGAAAGAUAACAACACCCUGCUAACACAGGUCCAGCAGACAAUGAAGGAAAAUCUGGUGGCUAUUGAAGAGAACUUCGCAGCUCUGGAUCAGAGGAUGAAGAAACUUUCCAAAUAAACUGUGGCCGAGUUUGAAAUGGUCCAGGAGAGAGUAGAGCAUGGACAAUAAAUGUUUGGUUAGAGAGCACAGAUCCGCAGUGUUUAGGGUGUAACCUUUUUGGGUUUUGGACGCUCCUCUCUUGCUCUUGACUUCAGCCUCUGCCUUUUUUCACUAAAUGGAAUGUUAGAAAGUUGACAAGAUGAAGAAAACAAAAGGAGACCAAAAGUUCUUCAGACGUCCACGCUCAUUUCCUCUUCCUUGAAUAAAACUGAUGUAAUUUAAAAAUAACCUUAAUUCCAAACAUCCAAGCAACAGCAGACUCCUGUUAAGCUUAUCAAGUUUUAGACUGGACCUUUUGUUUUUUUAUUCAUGUUAAAGGUUCUCCUACUUCUUCUCGGGAGGGGUUACACUAAUAGUGGAUUUGUACUGUAACUUUGGAUAAAUAAAUAAAUGAAUCCCAGUUUGGUUGUAAGAGGAAAAGUCAGCUCUUAAAUGUAUUUAAAAUUAAAACCAAUUGUCCUUUAUUGUAUCAGAAGCACGAUGGGGAAGGAAAGCUUGUAAAUAUGCCGGUGUACCUUAUUGUUUGUUCACGCUCGGUUGCUUGUAACUAUAUUAUUAUGACCGAGACACAACAGAUCAACUUUUAAUCUGCUUUCUCAUUGCUUAAAACAUUACUGUUCAUCUGUGGUCACCGACGCUGAUCAAUAAAUCAAGAUGUCAUAAA